UGACAUCGAGGACUUUUGGAACAUAGAAACAAUAGGAUUAAAAGAUACCACCAACGUAAGAUCUGAAGAUGAUCAAGCGAUGGAAGACUUCAAGGAAAACCUUGUGUUCAAGGAUAAUAGAUACCAUGUUACAUGGCCUUGGAAAAUCGACCGUCAAGAAGUUCCGGAAAAUCGUCCUCUUGCCUUUGGACGAUUAAAGUCAUUAGUAUCGAGGUUCAAAGAUAAACCAGAUGUGUUGCAGAAGUAUGAUUCUGUUAUACAAGAUCAACUUGAAAAGGGAAUCAUAGAAAAAGUUCCGACCUCUAAAAAGAAUGGCCUGACCCAUUAUUUACCUCAUCAUGCAGUGAUCAAACCUGGCAAGUCAACAACAAAGUUGAGAAUAGUGUAUGACGCAUCAGCAAAAACAAAGAUUGAGAAUAGCAGUUUGAACGACUGUCUCUACAGAGGACCCGUGCUGCUAAACGAUCUGUGUGGAAUUCUUUUAAGAUUUCGAGUACAUACGAUCGGUAUUGUGUCAGACAUAGAAAAAGCUUUCCUCCAAAUCAGCUUACAGAAAGAUCAAAGAGAUGUCACGCGAUUCUUAUGGCUAAAGGAUUUAGAAAACCCAGAAGUAACACAAAAUCAAAUACAAGUUUACCGCUUCUGUCGCGUGCCCUUUGGAGUUGUGUCAAGCCCAUUCUUAUUAGGAGCAACAAUUGAUUAUCACUUGGACAGUUACAACAAUGAUGUCGCUAAACAACUGAAACAGGAUAUUUAUAUGGACAAUGUUGUAACGGGAACAGACACCAUUGAAGCUGCGAAAGAUUUGUAUACUAUGUCCAAAGGAAUUUUCGAAGAUGCAAGCAUGAACCUUCGUGAGUGGGCAUCUAAUAAUAGAGAACUGGAAGAAACUUUUUCAGAUGAAGACAGAGCGAAAGAAAAUGUGAUGAAAGUGUUAGGUCUCGAAUGGAACAGAGAAACAGAUACAUUGGCGAUACAAAAAGUGCAUUUAUCAAGUGCUCAAAGUGUUACAAAACGUUUUAUUCUGAGCAAAAUUGCAUCUGUGUUUGACCCUCUAGGUAUAUUUGCACCUGUUACGCUUAGAGGAAAACUAAUCAUUCAAACUCUGUGGAAGAAAAAGAUUGGAUGGGACCAAAAUGUUGACGGUCAAGAUCUCAUUAUGUGGCACGAAAUACAAAGAGAUCUUAGCAAAAUCAGUGGACAUGAAAUACCACGAUGUAUUGUAAGUGGAGGUGAUAACAGGAAUAUUCUUUUGUGUUUCUGUGAUGCUUCUACCAAAGCAUAUGCCACAAUUGUGUAUAUGAUGCAAAAAGGUGACUUGGAGCAACACAUAGAACUGAUGUUUUCAAAGGCUCGACUUGCUCCAACUACUAACAUUAGUAUUCCACGACUUGAACUAAUGGCUGUACUGAUAGGAGUACGAUGUUUAACCUUUGUACAAGAUCAAAUGAAAAUGCAAAUUGAUGAAGUUCAUCUGUUCACAGAUUCUCAGUGUGCAUUAAAAUGGAUUAUGUCAACAAAACAGCUUCCAGUGUUUGUUAAAAAUAGGGUCAAAGAAAUAAAGGAACACAAGAAUAUCAUCUUCCAUUAUGUGAAGUCUAAUGACAAUCCUGCUGAUAUAGCCAGUCGAGGUUGUUCAACAGAAGAUCUUGUGAAAAGUUAUUCAUGGUGGCAUGGUCCCGAGUGGCUUUUGCAUGACAUUUCCAAAUGGCCAGUAUUAGACCAGUUGUCUAAUACUGAAGAUGAUGAGACUAACAAACCAAAGACCAUCGAAAACGAUGAGAAAGAAAACAACAUCAGUGAAAAUUUGAGUUUUUCAGCGUUUGGAGCAAUUAACGACUAUUUUCCAACAUCUGUCCCAUUUGGGAUAAAUCCAAUGAAAUAUUCUUCAGUGACGAAAUUGUUACGUGUCACAGCAUAUGUGAGAAGAUUCAUAGGUAAAAUGAAAAAAGAAAAAUACAGUUCACAAAGUCUCACUUCAAAAGAAAUUCAAGAAGCUGAAGAUAUGUGGAUUAAACACGUGCAACAUACGAAUUUUUCUGAAGUGUAUGAAGCCCUCAUCGGAAAGAAAAAAUGCAAUCUGCAAUUGCAACUUGGUGUGUUCAUCGAUAAGAAUGGUCUUUUAAGAUGUAAAGGCCGUUUAGAGAAUGCCAGUUUAACGGAGUCUGCAAGAAAUCCGUUACUACUACCACGCGAUGACUCUUUCACAGUGUUAAUCGUAGAAAGAGAACAUAAACGUUUGUUUCAUUCAGGUGUCUCUCAAACUCUAAGUCAACUUAGACAUCGUUAUUGGAUCCCUAGUGGAAGGGCUACAGUGCGGAAAGUUCUUCGUCAGUGUUUAGUGUGUCGUCGAGUUGAAGGAGGGGCGUACAAAAUGCCUCCUAUGGCUCCUUUACCUCGUUCAAGAGUUACCGAAUCCACACCAUUCAGUCAUAUUGGAUUGGACUAUCUUGGACCAUUAUAUAUAAAGGACAAUCAAACCACGGAAAAAGUAUGGGUGUGUCUAUACACGUGCAUGGUGACACGUGCAGUUCACCUUGAAAUGGUAAAAAAUAUGUCAACAGAGGCAUUCUUAAACAGUUUUCGGAGAUUCAUAGCUUGCAGAGGAAAACCACGCGAAGUCAUCAGUGAUAAUGCUUUACAUUUCAAAUUGGCUAAACAUACAAUUGAGUUUGUAUGGAGCUCAGUUUUGAAAAGUGAGGAUGUGCAGAACUAUUGUUCAAGUGAGGGUAUUAGUUGGAGGUUUAUUGUGGAAAUCGCACCCUGGAUGGGUGGUUUCUAUGAGAGACUAGUUGGAAUAACAAAACGAUCUCUACGCAAAUCUAUCAGAAGAAAGCUUCUAAGCAGCGAUCAACUUAUUACUGUAAUAAAAGAAGUUGAAGCAAUUGUAAACUGUCGUCCAUUAGUGUAUGUUGGCGAAGAUAUAAAUUCUAAUAUCACACUGACACCUUCUCACUUCACGUGUUUGAACCCAAAUAUUGGGAUUCCCGAGUGUGAAAUAUCUUCUGAGGACCCGGAUUUUAAAGUAAUAGAGAGCUCAGCUGAUAAGUUGUUAGCAAUAUGGAAAAGCGGACAAAAACUUUUGGAUACCUUCUGGAAAAUUUGGAAAGAAGAAUAUUUGUGUAGUCUAAGGGAAAGAACACAAACAAAUCUGAAGCAGGGAAAGCCCAAAGUAACGUUCAAUCCAAGAGUAGGUGAUGUAGUACUAAUCAAAGAUAACACAACUAGAGGUAGUUGGAGACUAGGAAAAGUCAUCAAACUAUCAGUAAGCUCUGAUGGAUUUGUUCGUUCGGCAGAAGUAAAAACUGCAUCAAAAAAGUUGCUUAAAAGACCUUUAAGUUUAUUAUACCCGAUUGAAACUUCAAAACUCCUUAUCCCAGACACUAAGUCUAUAAAACCAAUAGAAAAAGAAGAAACUAGUAUACGCACUGAGAGAAAAGCCGCAAAACACGCGAAACAACGUUUGAAAAACUGCUUCAAUGAUAAACUGUCAAUAGAUGUUUAA